CAUUACACCUCGUUAUGCACUUAGAAGGUUUUACGCUGGUUUGUAGGCUAAUGGAUAGGCGUUACGCAUCUGUGAUAGUCUCGCUAAGCUCUUUACCUUAAGGUGAAGAUAAAAACAAUCUUCCUUUCGUUUUACUAAGAUAAGGUGUUAGACUGUUCAUCUAACGGGAUAAUUCUUGACCUGCCCAGUGCAAUAUCUUUCCGCCCUACUCACUCUUAAAAGCGCUAGCAUCCUGCCUGCAAAACAUAAAAGCAAACUUGAGAAAUGCCCGAACGCGGGAGGCCGGCUACGGAGUUUCCGGGUCCUGUGAUCUGUCAGGUGGUAGCGUGUGUUGUGCUUGAGCUGUGUCUGCGAGUAAGCGAAGCGCGAGUUGAGAACCCCGGAGAAAGUGAGUGAGCCAGUGAGUGUGGUGUGAAAAGCACGGGGAGGAGGACAGAUCUCAACAAAAUUCACUUACGUUUCCAGUUCAGACCUCCUCUGAAGGUGAAACUUUACUAAAAGUUUAAAAGUCAUGGCUGGCGCGGAGUGUCGAGAGUACUUGUUUAAAGUUUUGGUGAUCGGCGAGUUAGGAGUGGGGAAAACCAGCCUCAUUAAGCGGUAUGUCCACCAGCUCUUCUCCCAGCACUACAGAGCGACGAUCGGGGUUGACUUCGCCCUCAAAGUCAUCCACUGGGACAGCAAGACUCUGGUGCGCCUGCAGCUCUGGGACAUCGCAGGCCAAGAACGUUUUGGCAACAUGACAAGGGUGUACUACAAAGAAGCAAUUGGAGCAUUUGUGGUCUUUGAUGUCACGAGGAAUGCUACAUUUGAAGCUGUUUCAAAAUGGAAACAUGACCUGGACAGUAAGGUGAAAUUGCCUAAUGGAAGACCAAUCCCAGCAGUGCUCCUUGCCAACAAGUGUGAUCAGAAGAAAGAGGGCAUAGGAAACAGUGCUGCAGACAUGGAUCAUUUUUGCAAAGAGUAUGGUUUCAUUGGCUGGUUUGAUACCUCUGCUAAGGAUAACGUUAAUGUGGAUGAGGCUGCUCGAUUCCUUGUGGGAAAUAUCCUCUCAAAUGAUAAUUGGCUUCCUUAUGAGGAGAACGACGGAGACAGAAUAAAACUGGAGCAGGAGGCAGUGGCCGCAGAGAGCAAAACGCAGUGCUGCUAACAUAUUUUUUAAUUUCAACGAGAAAUCACAUCAGGGAGAAUUACUUGACGGCGAGGCUCAGUUUCUCAACUGUACUCCAAAGUCUAGAUGAAAUGGACUGCUGCUUGGGGCAAGCGAUAAGCCAUAUGGUGUCCUACCACUACAAAAGCAAAUCCCAGCAGAGGCUUCAGAGCACUUUAUAGGAGGUAUCUGCCAAAACACUAUGAUUCACAAGCUGUUGUUUAGCAGAUGAGAUGAGCAAAAAAAAAAAAAAAAGAUUUCCUCAGACUGAUUUUCAACAGUGUGUUCCCCUGCUGCAGAGCCCACUGUUUCACCUUACUGUUUUUCUGUUCCAGGUUGAAAUAAAUCCGCAGGUUAUCAGUUCUCUGUAAAAAUCAAAUUUUUCAAUGGAAGUGUUUCAUUUUAUCUUUGAGACCGUGUUAGGAGAGUAAAAUUAAAGAAAGUGUCCGAAGAUCUCUGUGAGGGCAUAUAAUCCAAAGACAUCAUGCACACGUGUUGUCAGAAAAAAAAGUUCCAAAUUUUGUAGAGUACUCUUCAGAUGAGAGGCUUAUUUUCAUAGAUUUAAGAUCAUUAUUUCAAUUGUCUAUACAGUGGGUACUCUGCCAUAUUUUGUAUAAUUACUGGAGAAGUUAAGUGUUAUACACUUCCUUUUAGAUUUCUCCUUCACCUACUAUAAAUAAGCAGGGGAUUCUGGAAUGUGUGGAUCUGCGCUGUGUGAAGUGGGAUCACAAUAACCAAGGUAUGCUCUGCGUGUGUGUGAAUGUGUUAGUAGUAGUGGUAUGGCACUCGCUUGUCCUUGUCAUCAAGUCUUACAACUUUUAUUGUUAUUUUUUUAUAUAGUUUAAUACAGCUACAGCCAUUGGGCAAGUUAGCCAUUUUCAAUGACUCUUCCUGUAUGACCUUUGUUAAAUAAUAGCCACUAUAUUAAUGACGUAACUCAAAAUAGCCUUUCCUAAAAUAAGUUCCUAUUAAACUGAACUGAAGUUUUAUGAAAAAAAUGAGCAGACACUUGUUGUUGAACUUGGGGUACUCUCUAAAUAAAUGUAUAUUCCCUAUUUUA